AUGUCCUGCUUGUCUUCAGACAACUCAUUCGGGCCUCAGGUCUGCCCCCAGCACCGCUUCUUCGACUUCACUCUGCUUUUUCAGGAUGCCUUUUUUGCCACGCUUCCGUCAGCGAUCCUGAUUCUUCUCAUUCUUCCACAGCUGUUGAGCAUCUACAAAGAAAAGGCUGAUUAUGGUCCCCGCAGUCUGAUAGUGGCGAAAUGUACCAAUAUCGCAUUAUUACUCAUCGCCCACGUUCUGUUUGUGGUGUUUCGCUCCCGGCUCCAGAGUUUGCACACCGACAUAUCGACUGCAUCCGGGAUACUUUGUAUCGUCUCGACGACUGCAGUCGGUCUCCUGUCACGGUAUGAGAGACGUCCCGAUGCGCCGUCGGACAUCCUCGUCCUGUACUUCUCGCUGUCGACAUUGCUUGCAGUUCCGAGAUUACGGUCUCUUUGGAUGAUUCCAGGCGCAAUACUACCGGCAGUUCUCUGGGCUGCAGUUGUUGUCUUAACCCUGAUAGCUGCCAUCCUGGAAUCGAUGCGACCACAACCCUCCGGCCAACCGAAGGAGCGAGAAAGGACGCCAGACGAAGAAUCUAGCUUCUGGGGCCGCGCCCUGUUUCUCUGGACAUUGCCACUUCUGCGGCGGGGAAAGUUGAGCCUGGAACAGAGGCAUCUCUUUCAUCUCGAUGCAUAUCUGGCGGCUGCUGGGGUUGGGGAAAGUCUUGAAAAGCGCUGGACACAACACUUGACUUGUAAGGCAAGAGAUGAACUCUACCUGGUACGAUCAGUCCUACAAUCCUACCGUCAAGCAUUCUUGGUCCCCGUCAUCCCAAGAUUAUUGGUGACUGCAUUCCGAUUCUGCCUGCCGUUCCUGAUAUCGACCUCUAUCAGCUACUUCGAAUCAUCCCCCAAUGAAACAUUCACCCCCUACGGCUAUGCGUUGGUCGGAGCAUUUGUCUUGGUCUUUGUUGGCAUUGCGAUAAGCACGUCCGUCUAUGGUCGACACCUAUCGCGCUUCCUCGUCACCAUGCGCGGUGGGUUAAUCUACCUCAUAUACAAGCAGACCAUGUUGGCGGAACCGUCACAGGUCCCAGACGAUAGGGCAUGUAUCACGUUGAUUGGAACCGACGUUGAACGAAUCAUCUCCGAGUGGCAAGAAAUCCACGAGCUUUGGGCUAGUCCAUUGGAAAUUGGCAUCGCCAUAUAUCUUCUCCAACGACAGCUGGGGGUCUUGUGCAUCGUGCCCGUGAUUGUUUGUGUAGUGACAUUUUUGUUGGUGCUUCCUAUAUCUGUACGGUCUGAGGAGGCACAGAAAACAUGGAUCGAAGAGGCGUCGAAGCGGAUUAACGCGACCAUCAAUUUCCUACACCACACCAAGGCAGUCAAGAUCCUAGGCCUUGGUCCGGAAACGACUCGUUAUGUCUUGGGACUGCGAAAGGUCGAGCUCGCAUCAUCGCGAGCGUUUCGAAAGCUCAUUGUCGCCCAGAUUAUUCUCUCCAACGUACCUCUCGACUUCACUCCGUUCAUUACCUUGACCAUCUUUGCGGUCACCACCAUUAUCAAGGGGUCGGAACCUCUUCUGGCGCAGCGAGCAUUUACCUCCCUUUCCAUCAUCUCACUGCUUACCAGUCCGAUGCUACACUUUCUCCAGGCUGUGCCUUCUUUGGUCGAAACUUUCGGUUGCUUUGAACGGAUUGAUAGCCAUUGCAAACGGGCACACCACGACCGCGACAGAUCGUUCCAUGAGUCUCACCAGCGCUUUCUGGAGGGCUCCUCGAUCGUUUUCGACAAGGCGACCUUCUCUUGGUCGUCGUCCGAUACUGGCUUCGUCCUACAGGAAAUUGACCUCGCACUUCCGGCGACAGGGUACACGGCCAUCACUGGACCAACUGGGUCAGGAAAGUCUUGCCUGCUCCAAAGCAUCUUAGGACAAACCUGUCUAUUAUCUGGUGGGCGUUCUGCGCCUCCCCAGGACAUUGCCUAUUGCCCUCAGGAGCCCUGGAUCUUCAAUGACACGGUUCGGAUGAACAUUGUUGUGGAUCACACGUCCGGAGUUCGCGAGGAUUGGUACCGUUACUCCAUCUGGGCGAGCUCGCUCGAGCGUGAUCUCUGUCAGCUCCUUGCUGGGGAUGGGACACUCACAGGCAGCAAUGGAGUUCAUCUGAGUGGAGGACAGAAGAUGAAGAUUUCUCUUGCUCGAGCCAUUUAUUCACAACAACCCAUAAUCGUGAUAGAUGACAUUUUUCGCGCCCUCGACAGCCAAAGCAUCCACGACAUUUGGACUCGAUGUUUUGCAGCGGGAGGUUACUUUUCUAACCCCGGAAUCCAUGUUAUCGUAGUCACGGAUCAUAGCGACAUCCAAUGCCGUGCGGACAGGAUUCUUAUGCUCGAAAAGGGUCAUAUCACCAAGGUGGUAGUCCGUCCCCAUACAACGCCUAUUUCGACGGAUGAAACUCCUUCGAAUCAAGACUGCCCGUUAUCUGCGCAGGAAUUGAACCUGGUCGACGACUCCAACAAUCAGGUUGACAAGAACGCACUUGGGGAUGCUGAUAAUUUCCAUAAAAGCAAUAGCAAGGGCAGGCUUACCAUCUACCAGUACUAUGCUCGUGCAGCCGGGUAUAGUCUGUUCGCCACAUUCAUUCUAGGCGACGCCAUCGGUGCUUUUACAACUAAUUUUGCGACAGUUUGGCUGGAACGUUGGACAGGAGGUAAUAAUACUUCUUCCGGCAAAGGUAUUGGUCAGUUCCUUGGGGUCUAUGGUCUUCUGGCUUGCGUCACCAUCCUCAGCCUUCUUGCGAGCUCAUGGCUAUUGAUGGUCAAUAUUGUCCAAGCCGUGGCGUUUGCAUUACACUGGGACCUGUUGAAAUCAGUCUCGAAUGCGCCACUUUGGCGCUUUCAGGGAAUGGAUACUGGGGACAUUGUCAAUAGGUUCAGCCAGGAUAUGGAGCUCAUCGAUGAGGAACUCCCCGUCCAUCUGAUCAACUUCUCUGCAGGUGCUACCGACUGUGUGGUCAAGUUAGUGAUCAUCUGCGUCAUCGGCCGGUACUUCGCUAUCUCAAUUCCACUGCUUCUCAUCACGCUCUAUCUUCUUCAAUCUUUCUACCUCCCUGCAUCGCGCCAGCUGCGUCACCUUGUCAUCCAAGCCAAAGCUCCCAUCAUUACCCACAUUCUCGAGGCAAUGACCGGGAUAGCUUCCAUCAAAGCAUAUAACUGGCAGCAGCGUUGGCAAACAACCUUCGAGGCCCUGCUCGACCAAUCCCAGCAGCCCAUAUACAUGCAGUUUUGUAUCCAGCAAUGGCUGACUCUGGUGCUGGACCUCACUGUCGCCGUGAUUGCGGCUGUUUUUGUGGCGGUUUGUGUUCCACUGCAGGGUACUAUUGCACCAGGGCUCAUUGGCGUCGCACUCAAUCUCAUCAUCACGUUCAGCCAAAGCCUUAAUGAGGUAGUGAAGUCGUGGACGCAGCUUGAGACGGCAGUAGGGGCCGUCUCACGGGUCUACGAUUUCAGUCACGAGGAGGCUCCGGGAAUGGAGGAGGAUGCAACCAACCUUGACAGUCUCCCUGGAGACUGGCCAAGUGCGGGAGAGAUACAGUUUCGCGAUGCUUGUGUUGCCUAUCGUCCCACCGAUGCGCCAAUCCUCAGCAGUCUAACACUCACCAUCCCGGCGGGUUCAAAAGUCGCGAUAUGCGGCCGCUCUGGAAGCGGAAAGACCUCGCUCAUACUGUCUAUUCUGUCUCUGGUGCCCGUCACGCAGGGGUCGAUCUGCAUUGAUGGAAUGGACCUCAGCACAGCACCCGGAAUCGCUGUCCGACGCCGUCUCACGGUCAUUCCGCAGGAGCCAUUCUUCCUCCCUGGAAGUGUGCGCGAUGCGGUCGAUCCAUGGAGGGCGUGCAUUGAGGAUACCAAGAUUGAGCGAGCUCUUCGCCGAACCGGUCUAUGGGAGAAGGUUUAUGGUAGCUUUUCUUCUGCUUGCCCCCCAGGAGGUGCAGAUGAUGACAGAUGGAUUGAUCAACCAUUUUCGGUCUCGGAGUGGUCCGUUGGCGAGAAGCAAUUGUUGGCAAUAGCAAGAGCCCUUGCUGUCGAGAGCAAGGUUGUCAUUCUUGAUGAGGCUUCGAACAGUUUGGAUCGCACGACCAAGGAGCUGAUGCAGGGCAUCGUCGAGACGGAAUUAGCUCACUCCACCGUUCUGUCCGUCAUGCAUCAUUUUGAGCAUAUUGAGCGCUUCGACCAAGUGAUUAUAUUGAAGGAUGGAAAGAUUUGCGAGACUGGUCCGCCGCAGGAGCUUCUGCAGGCUUGCUCCGAGUUCCGUAAAUUGUAUGAUGCAGCGGAAAACAACAGAGUGUGACAUUUUCCUCGUCAGGGGAUGGGGGGUUAGAACGCAAUACAAUGAUAUACUUGUGUCGGGAUCUCGUGUUUCGGUAUUUUCUUUGAUAUUCGUUCUGAC